UUUAAAUAGACUAGAAUAUACUGAGGCCCAUACAAGCUCUCCGAAUGCUGUUCACGAAUCUGUACCUGGUUCUUUGAGAGGAGGUUCUGGCUGUCAGUGAGGAGCACAUUGCCAUUAAGAAGGAAACCAAACCUUCCACAGUCCUUCAUAGCAGAGAUUCUUCAAAGAGUCUUAGACACAGCUGAGCAAUGCACAGAGCAGACCUGUAUAGCCAACUUACAACAUCUUCACCAUGAAGACAGUCACUGUGCCAGUGCUUCUGACCCUGGCUCUUUGCCUUAUACAAGAUGCUGCCAGUGAGGAUGCAAAUCAGGAAACAUGCAGUGAAUUUCAGGCAUUGAUGAAAAAUGGGAAAUUGAUCUGUCCUCAAGACAGAAAACUUUUCCAAAGCCCUGACAGAAUCACAUUCAUCAACAAAUGUGACACAUGCAAACAGAUACUGGAAAAUGCAGCAAAAUCCCAGGAAAGGGCCAUGCAUUUAGCAAGAGCCAGUAGAGACACUGCCCAAGCAGAGCUGAAUUGCAAUAAUUUCAGGAAAGGAGAAAAAGAUGGGGAUUUUACCUGCAAUGAUGGUGAAGCUGCUGUUUGUGGGACAGAUGGGAAAACAUACCGCAACAGAUGUGAGCUGUGUGCUGAGAUUGAGAAAACUGGGUCUCAGGUUGGCAUAAGAAGUGAAAGCGAAUGUGGGAGCAGUGAUUCAGUGGAGGAUGUGUGCAGUGCCUUUCGGGCCUAUGUGAAAGAUGGAAGACUUGGAUGCACAAGAGAAAAUGAUCCAGUUCUUGGUCCCGAUGGGAGGACACAUGGCAACAAGUGCGCGAUGUGUGCAGAGCUCUUUUUAAAAGAAGCUGAAGAAAAUGCCAAGCGAGAAGGUGAAAGGAGAGUUCGACGACAGGCUGAAAAGGCUCUUUGCAAGGAAUUUGAAAGAAAAGUGAGAAAGGGAAGACUCUUUUGCACACGGGAGAGUGAUCCGAUCCAGGGCCCUGGCGGCAGGAUGCAUGGCAACAAAUGUUCCCUGUGUGCUGAAAUAUUCAUGCGGCAUUAUUUAGAAGAAAAAGGUAAAGGUGAUCAAAAUUUGAGAAAACCUAAAGAAAAAAUAAUAAAAAGAGAAGUUGAAGUUGAGAAAGUCUGCAGUGAAUAUGAAGACCGUGCAAAGAAUGGAAUACUUUUCUGUACCAAAGAAAACGACCCUAUUCGUGGUCCAGAUGGGAAAAUGCAUGACAACAUGUGUUCUAUGUGUUAUGCCUUCUUUCAAGCAAAACUGGAUGAAAAGAAAAAGGUGGAAGCCCUGACAAGAAACAAAAGAGCAGCUGUGAGAAAAUACACAAUGGAAGACUAUUGCCAUAUAUACCGAGAGGGAAUGAAGAAUGGCUUAAUCGCUUGCAUCAGAGAGGCUGAUCCCUUCGAGGGCCCGGAUGGGGUCACAUAUACCAACUACUGCAUCAUGUGUCAAACAUACCUCCUAGCAGAACAUGAAAAAAAGAAGGAAAGAGAAUCGAGACAUAAGAGACAGUCUGAGAAUACAGUUUCUUUUGAGGAGCUGUGCAGUAGAUACCGCCAAUUCAUGAGAAAUGGACACCUGCCCUGCACCAGAGAGAACGACCCCAUUCAGGGUCCAGAUGGAAAGAUCCAUGGCAACACCUGCUCCAUGUGUGAGGCCUUCUUCAAAGGAAAAGACAAAGCAAGAGCAAAGACUAAAAGAGAAACUGCGAAGGAAAGCUGCAGUGAGUUUCGAAACUUAGUGAGGAAUGGAAUGCUCAUGUGCACCAGGGAGAAUGACCCUGUCCCUGGCCCCGACGGAAAGAUGCAUGCAAACAAGUGUGCCAUGUGUGCAAGCGUGUUUCAACUUGAAGAAGAGGAGAAAAAAAAUAACAACAGAGAAAAAGAGAAAGUUGAAGCUGAAAAAGUUAAAAGAGAAGCAGUAGAGGAGCUGUGCCGUGAAUACCGAAAAUACAUGAGAAAUGGACACCUCCCCUGCACCAGAGAAAAUGACCCUAUCGAGGGUCUGGAUGGGAAGAUUCAUGGCAAUACAUGCUCCAUGUGUGAGGCCUUCUUCCUUCAAGAAGCAAAAGAGAAGGAAAGUGAAUCCACAGGAAAAGUUAAAAGAGAAGCCGAAAAGGACACCUGCAGUGAAUAUCGGGGUCUUCUGCAAAAUGGAAAUCUUUUCUGCACAAGAGAAAAUGACCCUGUGCGUGGCCCAGAUGGCAAGACCCAUGGCAACAAGUGUGCCAUGUGCAAGGCAGUCUUCCAGAAAGAAAAUGAAGAAAGAAAGAAGAAAGAAGAGGAAAAUCAGAAAAAUGCUGGCAGACAUGGUUCAAAUGGUGGAGGAGGUAAAGCUCAGGACCCAUGUGCUGAGUACCGGGAAAGAGUGAAAAAUGGAAAACUCAGCUGCACUCGGGAGAAUGAUCCUGUGCGUGGUACGGAUGGGAAAUCAUACAACAACAAAUGUGCCAUGUGCAAAGAAAUACUGCAAAGAGAAGCAGAGGAAAAAGAAAAGAAUUCUGGCUUAAAAUCUGAUAAGACUGGGUCAGCAUCAGGAAAGGAUGUAUGUGAUCAGUAUAGAAGCCAAAUGAAAAAUGGAAAACUCAUCUGCACUCGAGAAAGUGACCCUGUUCGGGGUCCAGAUGGAAAGACACAUGGCAACAAGUGUUCUAUGUGCAAAGCCAAACUGGAAAAAGAGGCAGCUGAAAAAAAAAAGAAAGAGAAGGAAGGCAACCAUAAUGCAGGAGAAAAGAGCAAUGACAAGAAGCAGGAUCAGUGCUAUGAAUUCCGGAACAAGCAGAAGGAUGGGAAACUUGUGUGCACCAGAGAUAACAACCCUGUUCGAGGCCCCGAUGGCAAGAUGCAUGUCAACAAGUGUGCCAUGUGCCAGAGCAUCUUUGAGCGAGAAGCUAGGGAAAGGAAAAAAGAUGAUGAAGAAAAAUCAAAUUCCCAACCCUCAAAGGAUGCAAAGGACCAGUGCAAAGAGGUUACGAGUGAAGCAGAAGAUACAAACUUUAGACAGUCUGGGAGUUCCUUGGCCUACAUUGGCAUAAGUGCAGAUGAGUGCAGUGAAUUUCGGAAGAAUGAGAGGAACAAUGAGCUAGCCUGCACGCAGGAGAAUGACCCUGUGCGCAGUGCCGACGGGAGGACCUAUAAAAACAAGUGCUUCAAGUGCAGAGCUGUCUUUCAAAAGGAAGCUUUAGAAAGGGCAAAACUUCAAGCAACGCCAUCCCAUAUUAGAGCAUCUGAAGAGAGACUGGAUUCCUCCAAUUCUUCUCUGGAUUCUGAGAUGUGCAAGAACUAUCGAGUAUUGCCCAGGAUGGGUUUUCUUUGCCCAAAGGACUUACACCCUGUCUGUGGUGAUAAUGGUCAAACAUAUAGCAAUCCUUGCAUCCUAUGUCAUGAAAACCUGAUACAUCAGACUAAUACACACAUACGUAGUCUAGGGAGGUGUGAGGAGAGCAGCACUUCAGAAAUGACACCUGACACUGCCCGCACAGGGCCAAUGAUACAAGGAUUGAUGACAGCCACAAGGAAAACAAAUACAACCCAAUUCUGAAUCACCUGCCUUUACCAUCUGUAUAUAAAAAUAAUGCUUCAGAGCUCUUCUCAUUUACAAUAGGAAACAAUACAGAGAUGUUGGCAUUGGA